AUGUGGCAGCCGAAACAGGCGCAGAGAAUGGCAGAGUUUGAUUUGCCAUGCACCCGGCCUAUGAACCAGAUUCGUGGCUUCGAGAGUGAGACGAAGGAAACACAGCGGGCUGCGCGCACACGUGACGCACUUCGUCAGCUGGGUGCUAAGAAGGACCUGCUGAACUUGGAUUCCUACCUGCUCGACAGGCCUGAAGCUGUCAACAUGCCAGUCCUCUUCGACCAGGGCUCCCUGCUGCACGUUGCGGCCAUGCGUGGCCACCAGGACAUGGUUCAGAUGCUGGUCCAUCAGCGGGGCGCAGAUAUAGAAAGAACAAACUCCGCGCAGCAGACCUCGCUUCACGCAGCGUGUGAUGGCAACUAUGCAAACAUUGUGGUGGAUCUUCUGGCAGCUGGAGCUGACGCAGACAAGCGCGAUGCACUGCGCCAGACGCCGCUGCACCGUGCAGCACACGUCGGUGCUGUGGACUGCCUCCUUGCGCUGCUGGAGUAUGGGGCAAAUGCCAAGCUCAGAGAUGAUGGCGGGUUGCUUCCGGUUCACACCGCAGCCUUGCGUGGCCGGGACGAAGCUUUGCGUCUGCUCAUCUCCCAGGAUCCAACUUUUGCCAAUGUCGAAGCUUCAGAUGGAUGGACGCCGCUGCAUUUUGCGAGUCAUGGUGGCCAUGUCUCCGCCACAGAGGCACUUCUGGAAUGUGGCGCUUAUGCCCAUUCAGUCGACAAGGAGAAGCGCACGGCACUGCACUGCGCUGCCGCCUCGGGCUCGGAGGCCACCUGCCAGGCUCUGAUCCGGGCAGGCGCGGAAUUGGAGGGCAUGGACCAGCUGAAGAAGUUGCCCAUCCACGUGGCUUGUGAGGAAGGUUGUAUCCAAGUUGUCCGCUUCCUCCUUGACGCCGGCAGCCCGUUCGACACGUUGGAUGGGCAACGCAGGACGCCACUGUUGAUCGCCACACGUGCUGGUAACCUGGAGCUUUGCGAGGUCCUCCUCAGCAUGGGUGCCGACCCUAAUGCUGGUGACAUGGCCCGGGGAAUUCCUACGGCUCUGGCGCUUGCACGCAGAGGCAAGCUCCCAUGCGUUGAGUUUUCGGCACAUGACUACGCCCGUGCUGCAGCUGCAACAGCCGCCAUGCCGCUGACGGACGCUGACAAGUCACCGCCGGCGGGCAACGAGUCCAAGUUAUCUCUGCCCGAAGCAUGA